GCCAACUUUUGACGUCAUCACAACCAGGAAGUGCUGGUCUCACAACAAGGACGGCAGCUGCGUGCUCCCUGAACUUAUCAGACUGAGGGGCAUGGCGGGGCCGGUGGUGCUGAGGGCUCUGCAGACUCUGCGCCCCCAGUGUCUUACCGCGACCUCAGGCAGGUUCCCGGCCCCGGUGGAGUCCGUGCUGCGGCCGGCUUCAUGUGUGUGGUACCCCCCCUGGAGGAGGAGCACUCCUGUCAGCUCGUUGCACAUGUGCUCUGCCUUAUGUGCAGGACACAACAAGUGGUCAAAGGUGAAGCACAUUAAGGGACCUAAAGAUGAGGCGAGGGGCAGGAUGUUUAUGAAGUUUGGUAUGCUGAUAAAGAUAGCUGUGAAAGAGGGUGGAUCCAACCCAGACAUGAAUUUAAACUUAGCCCACAUACUGGAGCAGUGCAGAAGCAAGAACAUGCCCAAAGUGUCCAUAGAGGCUGCAAUCAAGAGUGCGGAAAAAGCCAAACCAGCGACCCAGCACACGAUUGAAGCUCGGGGGCCCGGUGGAUGUCUGCUGCUUAUUGAAGUCCUGACUGACAACAACUCACGCUGCCAGCAGGAAAUCAAACGCCUGCUUAUCAGGAAUGGAGGGAUGCUGUCAGACGGAGCGCGACACAACUUCAACAAGAGGGGCGUGGUGCUGGUGUCCGGCAAGAACGUCUCUACAGAGCGAGCUCUGGAGCUGGCCAUUGAGGCGGGAGCUGCGGAUGUCCAAGAGACUGAGGAUGAGGAGGAGCAGCCUGUGCUGCAGUUUAUUUGUGACAUGAUGGACCUGAAGAAGGUACGCGCCUCAUUAGAGGAGCUGGGAGUGCAGAUUACAUCUGCUGGGUUGGAGUUUGUUCCCCGCACCUUCUUGUCUCUGGACGAGGGCCAGCUGGAUGCUGCUUCAGCGCUAAUAGAAGCUCUUAAUGACUAUCCAGAUGUAGUUAGAGUGUGGGACAACAUCCAGGCUGACAGCUGAGGACUCCUUCUAGACACCUGGUGGACACAGACUAUUGAAAGGAUUUGACAAGUAUCCUAUAUUGGUUACUGUUGAUCAUUGUCAAUAUGUAUACAUAUAUGUAUAAUAUGAAGGUAUUGGAAGCAAGAUGAAAGUGUGAUCCUUGUUAAGAUGUAAUAGUUUAUAUUGUCUGACUGCACUAAUCAGAAUUUCAUUAAGAUUGAGCCUCAAGCAUACAGAAGAAUCAGUGGAACUCUUUACCACCUUUGCUCUCUGGGUUUUUCCCAUGUUUCCACACUUUUAGAGUGAAAUAACUUCCACAUCUGCAUUUCUUUGGUAGAUGUUCUGGAAGUAAGUCUUUAAAAGUUGGUUAAGCCAUUUCAUUGGCUAAUCAUACAUAUAGUCCAAGACAAAUCAAAAUGUUCUGUCAAAAUGAAAUUUCACUUUUACUAGUUUGGGAAGGGAGCAAUGUAUUAACAAGGAUCAGUUUAAAAUAAAGUUUCAUUUAAAGAUCCA